GUGGCACAAAUUGUUUUCUGUUUGGCUUUAAAAGUCCUGGUUUGGAUGGAACUAUAUGUAUAGUUUGGUCAUUUUGAGGUUAAGGUUGUAGUAAAGAAUGGAUAUGAUUAAAUUUACUCUUUUGGUGUUUCUUUAUCACCAGUUGCUAUGGCAAGGAAACGUCUGGAGUCAGGGUGAGCUGCCAGUUAACACCACGGCGCCAGAGCUUCAGGGGGACGAAUCGCCAGCUAACACCACGGCGCCAGAGCGUCAGGGGGACGAAUCGCCAGUUAACACCACGGCGCCAGAGCGUCAGGGGGACGAAUCGCCAGCUAACACCACGGCGCCAGAGCGUCAGGGGGACGAAUCGCCAGCUAACACCACGGCGCCAGAGCGUCAGGGGGACGAAUCGGCAGCUAACACCACGGCGCCAGAGCGUCAGUGGGACGAAUCGCCAGCUAACACCACGGCGCCAGAGCGUCAGUGGGACGAAUCGCCAGCUAACACCACGGCGCCAGAGCGUCAGGGGGACGAAUCGCCAGCUAACACCACGGCGCCAGGGCCUCAGGAGGAUGAGACGGAGACCACUUCUAGUGCCACCACACAGUCUCAGGAGACUGAGACCACUUCAAACACUACCUAAGCCUUGUUGAAUAGGUUUUUUGUUUUUUUUGGUGCUGUCUAGCUGCUUUGUCAAAAGUUGACUAACAAAAUAAAAGUUUAAUGGUU